AUGAGUGCAGUGCACUCUGUGCCUGUCGUGCAUGGGGAUAUAACAGGGGCAAAUAUACUGAUUGACGAGCGAGGCCGCGCGAAGCUAAUUGAUUUUGGUCUUUCCACCGUUGUUGCGCCCCUUUUCGGCCAGUCACACUUGGCUAUAACAUCGAUACACGCAGGCGCAAUCCACUAUGCAGCACCAGAACUUCUAUCUGAUGAUGUCAAUGUCAAUGACCUACCUUUGGAAAAAACCGACAUCUACUCGUUUGGUUGUGUAAUGCUUCAAGUGAGUUGGUUAUUUGGUCACAAAAUAUUCACUCGAGGACUUAUGGAACAAGAUUCUCUCGGGUCGGCACCCUUGGUCUGA